AUGAAUGCUAUGGUACGGUUAGGAUACAGGAGAGUAGGAGGCGAGCCAGCGGCUUUUGAGCACGUCGUCGCACGAGAAGCGGCAGAGCGGGUCCGGGUCCAAGAGCCCUACGAGGAGCUCGAUGGCGGCGGGCGAGAGCUUGGCGGGGAAGAGCCACCGAGGAAAGGUGCGCGUCUCAGCCGGCGCCGCGAGGUACUCGGCAAAGGUCGCAAAGCGCGCGCAGUUGGCCAAGUCGGUCCCGAACGGAAGCGCGCCGAUGAGAAGACCAUACAAGAUGACGCCGACCGACCACAUGUCGGCCUUGCGCCCGUCGUAGCCACAGUGGCAUUUCUGCAGCACCUCGGGCGCCACGUAGUGGGGCGAUCCGACCACCGACUUGAGCCGGCGGCACGGCGACGGCUUCGGUGGCCCCGCAGACGCCUCGUCGAGGAGAAGUGGGCGCGUUGCAAACUGCGCCGAGAGGCCAAAGUCGGCGAUCUUGAGCACGUCGUUGUCGCUCAAAAGCAGGUUCUCGGGUUUCAGGUCGCGGUGCACGAUGCCGAGCUGGUGGCAGUAGUGGACGCCGGCAAUGAGCUGCGCAAAGUACAUCUUGGCGUCGAGCUCGGGCACGCCAAUGCACUCGGCCUUGAUGCGAUCAAAGAGCUCGCCACCGCCCGCGAGCUCGAGGACAAGGAAGAUCGUGCUUUUCGUCGCUUGGACGUACUCGAGGACGUCGUAGAGCUGCAGGACGUUCGGGUGGCCCAUGUUGCUAACGCUGCCGUGGAUCGUAUUGCCAGUGAGGCGGUGCAUGAAGGCGAUUUCGCGGUAAAUGGUCUUUCGGCUCUGGAGAAAGGCCGCAAAUUUCUUUGGCAGAGUCGGGAGCACCCACGUCUUGCCUUGGUGGAGCACCGUAUCGGGCUUGGUUUCCAUCUCGAGCGGGUCGUCGUCGAGAUGCGAGUCGAGCGGCCACAGCUGUGCGCACAUUUCGAGGUUGAGCUCCUUAAUGCCUUGCUGGUCCUUGAUGCACGGAAUGAGCUCGUGCUGGUUCGGGUGCAGGAGCCACCAAAUAUGCUCCUUCUGGAUGUGCAUGCGAGACAUUGGCAUCGAUGGCGUCGGUGUCGGCGGCUUGUACACGAGCCCAGCAUGGACUAUAUCGCAGCGGGCGAGCGCGAGCGGCGAAAAGAGCUUGAAGCCGACCGGGUUGAGAAUCUUGACCGCGACGUGGCGCUGCUUCUGCGGCUCAAAGGCUUCAUAGACGACGCCAGCGACGCCACUGCCGAGGUAGUUGCCGAGGCGCAGCUUCUCUUGAUGGCCAGCGUAGAUGGACUGGCCAUCGUACGAGGUCACCAUGGACGGCGACAGCCAGCUCUCGCUCAGCGGCAGGACCUUCUUGCCCUUCUCCAUGAUGGCAAUCGUAUGCGGCGAUGCUGGGGCGCGUAG